AUGGGGUUGGUGAUUGAGCGCGUGGAAUGGGAGCCGGGCUCCCGAACCUUCUUCUUGCUCUUCUGUUCCUGCUUGUCUUCGAUCUUCCUGUUUCCGUACCUUUCGAAGAAAUCCACUGUCGUUGUUGCAACGAAUGCGAGGGCCGCCCAUUCUUCUCUUCUUGAAUUUGGCUCCACAACGUCGUUCCUGAGCUUCCAGAGGAGCUUCUUGUUUAUAUAUUCUCUUGCUUCAGGUCAAUUACUCUCCCACUUUAUGAAACUUUGUCUUCUUGUCUUGUUAGCAUUUUAGCAUCCGCUUCUUGUCUGCGAUUUAUUUUGGAUCAUGCGCCGAUCUAGUUUGACGUCAUCAUUCUUCAUCCAUAUUUUGAUAACCAUUUCUUGCACUUCUACGGAUUGGAAGUUUACCGGCAUGUGACUUUCUACCUUCUCCUUCUAUUGCUUUUCGUUUCACCACUUAGCGGUGGGUGAAUCUAUGCUUUUCUUCGAUAAUGUACUUUUGCUAGACUAUGGAGAAUACGGAAUCCUUGUUGUCUUUUUAAACUCUCUGUUUCUCUCCACUGUUUCAUCAGUGAUUGGCGGCCUUCAGACAGUGUUCGGGGAGGAUGAGUAUCAACACUACGGAGCUAGCAGGGAGCAGAUGGUGUUGUGCCUUUGUGCAGGAAUUGCUGCCACUCUCUCCAUUGGUUCUUUUUUAGGAGUACUCUCUGACAUAUUGUAAGUAUUGUGGUAAUUUUAUGUCACACUCUCACUAGUACAGUUGGUCGACCGCAUUACAGAUGCAUCGUAUGGUCAGUUGAGGUUUUGGAGGGUGAGGAAUGACAGUUGGUUUCAGAAAAGUUUGGUGACUUCUGGCUAUCUGUUUUAUGUUGAAUGGCCUACAGAAUUGAUGCUAGUGACGUUCAUUUUGAUAGGGUAGAUGAAUAUGAGAAUUUUUUGUUGGUCUUAUUCUUUUCCUUUUUUCUUUCUUGGUGUGUAAUUUUUUUUCUUUCUGUCGCUGGGUAUGUGUUAUCUGACCAAACAUGUUGUAGUUUACUGAUUAUGGUGUAUCUACCAUAAUUUUAGUUCUAAUAGAUACUCUCUUGCAUUUUUCUUCAGUGGUCCGAGGAAGGCAUGUAUUACAUACUGCAUCCUGCAUCUUUUUGUUGAUGUCCUGAGGAGCAUAUCUGCGCAUCCUAUUAUCUGGAUGUCGAGUGUAUGCUUGGCACUUGCCUCAUUUAUAUUUUUGUUCAGUUUUGAGACGUGGAUGACGACAGAGCAUGAAAGAGUAUGUUCUCUUCUUAAAAUUAUUCACUUAUUUUUUGAAAUCACAGCAAUCUCAUCCCUCAGCUGCUCUUUUCUUUUGCAGCAAGGUCAUAGGCAAGAUUUACUGACAGAUACUUUCUGGUUGAUGAUAUUUUUUGAGUCUGCGUCUCUCAUUGGAAGUCAAGCACUUGCGAAUUUGUUGGUCACGGAUCUUGAGAAGGGAUUUUUCCUCCCCUCUGCUCCAGCUGCUCUAUUGUCACUGACAAGCAUCCUGUGUAUCAGGAAGAUGUGGAAUGGACAUAAGCACUUUGCUUCUUUCAGGGAUUACGGGAAUUCCUUUUGUAUGAAUAUUCUAAGGGGUAUGACAAGCGUGUUCUUUAAUUUUUGAUUUUUUUUUAAAAUUUUAAUGAAUUCAGAUUUCUGGGAUACCUUUUCUAUAAAUAUCCCCAGUUCUGAGAAUCUAGUGUCUUUUCGAUUCGUGUGCACAAAUCAUUACGCAGAAGCAUGCAAAUAGCUUUCUGUAGCUAUUUUGUAUUCUUUCUGUAGCAGGAUUGGAUCUCGUCCUACAGUGAAUGAGGCUACAUUUCUGCUUUAUUUUCUUUUCUAUUUAUUAAAUAGUUAGUGUUUUGCCCUUCUCUUUUUGUAUGCUCAAAUGGGAGUAAAAAGCAUUUUAACGAUACUUAAGAGGAAGACGUUGUGUUUUAGGAGGUCAUCAGCGCAUUCUCCAUCAGCCAGUAGUUCAACUAGUUCAAGUGCAGGAUAUGAAUACAAACGUUUCAUUGUUUCAUUCUUUUUCUCUCAAACGUUUUUUUUUCAACCUGCUCUUUCAUGCAUUGUGUCCUAAAAAAGAAAUGGGUUUUUCUCAUCUGUAUACCGUUUCAUGGGGUUUUUGUGAACUUCAUCCCUCAUUGUUGCUAUCCCUUGUGCAACUCGUUUUUUCUUGCUCCCGGACCUUGCCAUUCCCAUUUUAGAGAUUCCCCUCUUAUCAUUAUGACUUUUUGUGGCAGUAUCUUUCUUACAACAAAAUCAGUAGGAAUUGGAUAUGUGCAAGUUACCCUAGAGGUCAGUUUUUAGUUUAACUGUUAUGUUGUGAUGGAGUUGUUAGUUUCACAAUGGUCUAUUACUAUGUUCUGGCAGAAACUAAAUGCACAUAGUCAAACUUAUAUAUAUUCAAUGGUGCAGCACUAUCGGAAGAUAUUAUCCAGACCUAGAAUCGAAAUGCAGGCAAGUACUAUACAGCCAGAUUUUGUCCAAGCCUAAUAAUGAAACGCUGAUUGGUACGAUUUUAUACAAAUCUGAGCUGAAAGGUCUAUAGAGAAAUCUGUAAAGGACCAAGCUUCUUGAAGAUAUUUGGUCCAGCUUAAGCUUUCAUUGUCCAUGAUUCAAUGAUGCCCAGCACUCAUAGAUAAAAUAAUCAUAACUGUGGUAUAUUCAUGAUGUACUCCUAUUUUAAUGCCUCUUUGCCAUUGGUGACACGUAAAAAUCAUUGAUUGUGAAAGUUGCCCUCUUCCCAGUUCCACUGUCUAACUUUGGGUUUUUACCUAUUGGCCACACUCAUUAUUUUGACUAUCAGCAGCUUUCAGAAUUGUCUGGUGACUGUCUGUCUUCCGAGGCCUUUAAGGACUCGCUUAUUCCCUUAUUUAAUUGUUGCUUUCUUCUAGAUAAACGGAUAUGGCUGCUAGCGGGCGCACAAGGCUGCCUUCAUUUCUCUGUUUCAAUAUUUUGGAUUCUGUGGGCACCAACUAUAGUGGUACGUCUCUCAUGGCUAUUUUAUCUUCCUUUUUUCAUUAUUUACGGUGCACAAUCAAUGUAUCCUGUUGACAACCAGAACUUGAAACUUUUAAGAUAUCAUGGGUCCUGUUGACAAGCCCCUCUUUGUUAAUUUUACUACAGGCGGAUGGGAGGGAUGUGAAUCUAUCACUGAUAUACCCAUGUUUUCUUGGUUCAAGAAUGCUCGGGAGCACCACAUUUCCCUGGCUUUCCGGCGCCGGAUCAUCUAAUAUCCAUAAUGAGGAUUAUCUGAGUUUUGCCUUUGCUAUUGCGGGCCUGUCUCUAACAUUAGUAGCUUAUGACUAUCAGGUAAAAUAUAUAUAGCAGUGGAUCCCAUCUGGCAUCAUCUCAGAUGCAACACAUAUAACUUUAGCUGUUGGUUCUGAUGAAACUACCAGGAGAUCGGGGUUUUGGUGGUACUAUUCUGCGUAUUCCAUGCUUGCUGCGGUUUAAUUUUUCCAUCACUCGCACGGCUGAGGACCGCGUAGGUGCUCCUUUUUUGGGUUCCGUUGUUUACGUAGCCGUUCCUAGAUUCCGUCUGAGAGUUAAUUAUAUCAUCUGCGUUUUCUGAGCAGAUAUGUCCCCAAUGAGCUUCGUGGCGGCAUGAUGAGCCUAUCUUUUGCCCCUGCAAAUGCUAUCAUAUUGCUCGUCGUGGUUCAGGUUUGCUCAUCUUGACUCUGAGAACACAUCGGACACGCGGUUCAUUUCACCUUUUAUGAUGUACCGUUUUGAAUUAUAUAAUCUCCCUCUUUCUUUGUAGGGUGGUUACUAUCGAAAUCUCAGCAACGCCUGGAUCGUUGCCUUCUCUGCACUUGGGCUGUUCAUUGCGGCGGGUUUUAUUCAGAUGUUGAAACGCUGGAGGAAGCAUCCGCAUCCAAAUUGGCGUAAGUUGUGA